AUUUAUGUGGAACUAUCACUCAUGAGGUGAUUACUAAAGGUAGAUAAGCGCUCAAUGAAUUCCCUAUUUAUGUGAGCAGCCAUUGCUCUAUGAAAAUCCGUUGUACUGCAAUUUGUAACCUCUUGGUUGGGUUUAAUGAACAUAGACCUCUGGAUUCUGUAUUCUGUGAAAUUCUUGAUAAUUUAGAACCUCUGACAGGAGUUUUGUCCACCUAGUUUAAGGAACAUAAGCAUAUUGGAUGUCGCAUCGAAUCUUAUUUUGCACCUUGAAGCUAUUAUCAGUCCCUUUGUCUGAGUUAUUGUUAACCUGAGCUAUUGCAUCAGUUUUGGUUCAUCUCGCAGAAAAAUCAACUUUAUUUGCAACAAAUCUCUUCUCCUUCGAAGACUUACCAUGCCAAUUAAUCAUGAUCUUGUUGUAUUUUUGUCUUGGGAUCUAACCAUGAAGUUCGCCAAGGAGUACCAGAAGCAUAUGACCGGCAUGGAGGAAGAUCUUCCUGCUCUGGGGCUGGAGCGCCUCAAAGAAAUGAUCAAGAAAUGCCAGGCUACGCCCUGUUCCCCGCAGGGCCUCGGCGACGAGAGAGACGUCGCCGUCCCAGGAGGUAGCCAGUGCUCCGGGGCUAGCCAUUGCUAUGGAAUUGGUUCCAGAAGAUUGACAAGAUCAAGGACUCUAACAGGCAGUCCAAGCAGCUGGAGGAGCUCACUGGGAAGAUGAGGGAGUGCAAGCGCUUAAUCGCAGACCUCGCAGGUGUUGGUGACGCCCUUGCCAGGCCUCGGCCGCGGCCGUUCAUUCAGGAACACCAUGCACGCUCUGUUGAGUGGAGGCCGGUGGGCGAGGCAGAGCGGGCAGCAAGGGAGCUGCUAGAUGCAGGGGCCGGCCGCCCGGCCGGCGGGGGAGCUCGCCUCUGCUCCAUGGAGGCCCCGCCUCCUCUGCUUCUGGUUCUGGAGGCCCCGCCUCCUCUGGUCCUGGAGCGGUCGCGGAUGGAGAGCGUGCGAUUGCAGCUCCGGCGCGGCGCCAGACGGGGACAGAGCUCUGGCGCGGGACGUGGACGUCGGGAUCAAGAUUGAUUUUGAUUUGAGGACCACAGCUGAGAAGAAUUGAACUCGCGAGGGGGUUUUGACAAAAUGAUAAUUGAGCAUAGGCUGAGUCAUCUAAAUCGGGCUGGAGGGAGUACAACUUUUAGUUGAAAAUCUGAUAUUUAGAAUGCUGUGAAGUUACAUGUAUUACAAUUUUUU